UUUGACUAUGAUUUCUUUGUUAGAACGCUUUUGGGUUGUCUCUUGUGGAUAAAGUAAAAACGGUGGCUCGGCGAGUUGCGGCGUCCUCCGCCAAAAGCGUUGCGCUUUUCCGAGGGCAGGGCGGCCUUAAAAGAAACCACUUCGCCUCCCUCCACCGGCAGCCUCCAGCUCACCGGCUUCGCUCCAGUCGGGAAGAGAGAGAGAGUGAGAGAGGAGAGAGAGAGAGAGAAAAAAAAAACACCGUCCAAGAGCCGAAUCGCUGGAAAGUGGCUGCUGCUGCCGCCGCCGCCGCGGGCACGUGCAGCAGCCGCACUCGUGAACCUGUAGCCGGGAAGCUUGGACCAGCCGCCUUUCGUCUGCGGGAGACGCCGCUGCUUUGAUACGCUGGCUGAUCCUCCGCCGGCACUUGCUCGGAGGUUCUCGAAGAUCUUCAAGACUGGCUUCAGAAGCAAACCGACUGCAUUGAUUUCCCUCAGAUUUAUUUGAUUCAAUAUUUGAAGAGACUCAACUGCUAACUGAAAUGAAGGAGAUUUCUUCUAUCUCUAAACAAGGUACAGCUUCUACUUGACAGGAAUGUGGAAGGCAGGCUGCAAAGAAGUUGCUAAAUAUACAUACUCAGCACUUGAAGGAAUUCUCAGGGAACCUCAAAUCCCAGCUGAUUCCAAGAAAGCCAAGGGACUAGGGAUCUGCCAGCCUCUUCCUGUUCCUCAGAGCAAUUGGUGUCAAGGCAUGCCCUCUGCUGCGACGGAUUACUGGUAGGGAAAUGCCCAAUCAGUGGAAGUUCUCUGCAGCAUGCUGAGGAGACGUAACCUUCUCACCACACUUCUGAUUGCUUUGCCAUGGGGUCUUCUCCUAACUUUGUGGCAUCAGUAUCCAACCACCCGCUAUCUAAGCCUUCUAAGAAAGGAAACAGAUGAAAAUGGCACAGCCAAGUCACUUUUCAAUGGGACGUCACUAGCGAGGGAGGAUGGGCUUGCAUCAUGCACUCGGCAGCCAGCCAUUGGGACAGCUCCCAAAAUAAUCCGGAACUAUGUGUACUCCAGGCCUCCCCCAUGGUCAGACACAUUGCCUGCCAUAUUUGUGAUCACACCUACCUAUACUCGACCAGUACAGAAGGCUGAGCUUACCCGACUGGCGAAUACUUUCCUUCAUGUACAGAACCUCCACUGGGUAGUAGUGGAAGACUCUCCUAGAAGAACCAACCUGGUGUCCAAUCUACUGGAGAAAGCAGGGAUUCAUUUUACUCAUCUGAAUAUUGAGACUCCUAAGAGUCUGAAAGUAGGUUUGUCCUGGAUUCCAUCUUACACUCCCAGGGGCACAUUCCAGAGGAAUCUUGGACUGCAUUGGCUUAGAGAAAGUUUUAGCUCCACCCCAGUACCUGAAGGUGUAGUAUACUUUGCAGAUGAUGAUAACACCUAUAGCCUGGAGCUAUUUGAAGAGAUGCGCUACACAAAGAAGGUCUCUGUCUGGCCAGUUGCUUUUGUUGGUGGUCUCAGGUACGAAUCCCCCAAAGUGAGUCCAGCAGGCAAAGUUGUAGGUUGGAAGACUGUGUUUGAUCCUAACCGGCCUUUUGCCAUUGACAUGGCCGGCUUUGCCAUCAGCAUAAAAUUGAUUUUGGAGAAACCACAGGCCAGUUUCAAGUUGGAUGGCGUGAAAGGAGGCUACCAAGAAACUAGUUUAUUAAAGGAUCUGGUGACAGUGGAUGGACUGGAACCUAAAGCUGCCAACUGCACAAAGGUUUUGGUCUGGCACACAAGGACUGAAAGGCCAACACUAGUUAAUGAAGGCAAACGUGGAUUCACAGACCUAAGGGUAGAAGUGUAGAUAACUUGGUUUUUUUUGCUAUAGCAACUUCUUGCAUACCUGUCUAUGAUCAGCAGAAUACUGAUGCAACAAUCAAGAAUAACAUCCAUAUUUGUAUUGCAUUUACCAACUUCUAAAUUCUCUAAAAUCUGGGAAUAAAGAAACAAAGUCAAUGUCAUAUUCAAGGCCAUUUGUUCUAUAUUCUAGUCAUUCACAACACAAGUAAGAUGACCUGUUUCUUCAUUGUUAUUUCUGUGUUGGAAGACAUUUUUCAAGAACUGAAGCAUUUCUGUAAACAUCCCAUUUGGGAUACUGUUAAGAAAAGCCUAGUUGGAGUAAGGGCAAAAUUUCUCUUUGCUAAUCCACACUUUUGAAGCUUUGUUUUGCCAUAUGUAUUAAAACAUCAGCUUUUGCAAAUCUACUCCAAAGAAUGGAAGUUCAAAAUGAACUAGUUCCUGCCUAGUCCCAAUGAAAUAUUCCACACUAUUGCAAGAAAGAGAGAGUCACUCUUAGAAUUACUUAAAAACUCUUUUAGGCUUAGGAGUUCUUGUUCGAAAGAAUGUGGGUGGGCAAUUCUUGCUUCGAAGACCAUGAAGACGUCUAUUGAAGAAUGAGAUAUGCACUCGUUCCCUUCUUCAUAUCCAAGCCAAGAUCAACUAGUUCUUCUUGAAUCUGAAUGAUAAACUGAAGUAGCAAGUUUGAGAACUUCAGUAUCAGCAAUUCAACAUCAUGUCCUGUGGCUAUGUAGAUAAAUCUUUGUCAUGAGAAAUAGAGACAAUAAGAAGCACUCAACUAUUUAGUUCUCAGUUUGUGGGCAAUAUGUCAGACAGGAACUAGUUAUAAUGUUACUUCUGGAACUAGAAAAUCUCACAUAAUUAGUAUUCCUUUGGUCCAAUCUAGAAAGAUUUUUUCUUUAAUCUUUGUAGCUUUGUAAAUAUCUAGCAUAUUCUUAAACUAUCAAUGCAGCUGCAUGAUGAAUUUCAACUCUAUGUGGAAUGAUAUAGACUCCAACCAAGCCAUGCUUGGAGUGAAUAGACGAUGUUUACUUAUACUGAGCCAUGGACUCCUAGCUUAAUAGAUGUGAUGAAAGCAAAUUUUUUAAAAAAGUAAUACUAAAAAGUGAACAUUCACAAACAGUAGGAAAAGCCACUAUCCCUAGCCCUAAUUUUUUCAAUUGUGAGCAUCAGUUGAAACAGAAAUACAUAUUAGCAAUCAACAAUCAUAUUUGUAGAUAACAAAGUGUUGAUAGGUCAUCAGCAAGUGUGAAUUCAAAUGGGAAAGUGAGUGGGGAGAUAUAUGGGCCAAAAAUAUAAUGGCUGGUAAAAGCACAAAAAAAUUUUUUUUAAAGGUGGGCUAUGCUCACUUCAAAAGAAAGCCAAACAUACUUUUGAUGUUUUGUGAUGUGUUAGGUUCUUGCAACUGAAGAAACUGAAGAACGUUUUCUAGCAACUGAGCCAAUUCCGAAUAUGAUUCUGAGAUAUGUCAGAACGUGUCUUUAUUUCUUGACUUAUUUAUAACAUAGGUCUUUUCUGCCUACUGUAUUUCAUUUGUAUUAACCUGGAUUGUCUGCUAUUUUUAUGGAGAAUAUUUUUAUUUCUCUUCCACCUUGUGUUCAUCUGAAACUCAACAGGGAAUUACAAUUUUUCUAUUCACUGCUGAAAUGUCAUAUAUAUUCAUGCUCACUUCAUAAUGUCAGGAAAUGACUGGUGUCUUAAUUUAGAAAAAUAAUUAGAAGCAUAAUAAUGUGAAAAGUAUAUAAUUUAAAGGAAAAAGAGACUAUGUGGGAGUUAAAGUUGACAGAAACAGUUUGUCAAGCCUUUCAAUUCUCUUACCAUCUACUUCUUUGAGGGAAACCAAGGAUGACAUCUCAUAAUAGAACUCAGUGGCCAGUAGACUCCUCAGAAGCUUCUAAAAAUAUCUGAUUUAAAAAAAAUUGAGGACUAAUUAUUAGAUUUAAUUAUUACCUUGCACCUAUUUAUGUUGAUAGUAAGAAAAAAAAAGUAAAAUACAAAAAUAAAUACUGCCAAAAAGAAAUUUGUUGGCCAUUAUCUUCUUCUGAGGUGUUGUUUUUUAUUUCUACUUAGCAUAAUAUACCUUUAUUUAUUACUUAAUAAAAAUUGCUAAAUGACAUGUCAGAUUUGCCUGAAACAAUAUAACCACAUAUGAUAAUGAGAUAUAAACUCCCAAAGAGAAGAGUAUCUUUUAGCACCAAAUUGAAGCUUCCAGAAUAGGUUACAAAAUUUCAACCUAGCCUCACCUCUAUUAAUACCUCACCUCUAUUAAAACCUCACCUCUAUGUGCCCAACCUUCCAUGGAAACAAAUAUAUUUACUAAAAUAUAGCUGAUCAGAAGAAAGUUAUCCACCAGUCAUAAAAUAAUCAUGAUCUAUUUGGGCUAAUGGUUCAGUCCGGUAUAACCUUACUUUGGAGGAGGAAUUUGGGUUUGCCUAAAGAACCCAUAUGUAGAAAGGCAGAGAGAGGACAAUGUGAAGAGAAUGAGGUGGAAAUGCCAGGAAGGCUAAGAUUCAUGGAAAUCUUCUGCUGAGCCACAGAGAAAAAGGAGCAGAACUUGAAAACAGAGCUUCCAAACUUGCAGCUGGUUAAACAUUAUCUCAAAUUCCCAAAGUUCAAUCCUGUCUUGCCUUUCUUUUGUGCAUGUCGAAUGAUAAGCAACAAAAUGAAAAAAAAUAAGAAUUGUGUGGCUGAAGACAAAAGUUUUUUUUCACUUCUAUUACAACAAGGGAGCAAAUGGAAUUCGUGCAGUGAGCAGAAAGUUACUGGAACCCUGAGCUAUGUGAAGUGUGACCACAGCAGCCACUAAAGAAGUAUUUAGAAGAGUGUUUGUAAAAUUUCCUGAGAAAUGUGAUGUGAAAGAAUUGAACUGUUGAAAAAGUCCUGUACAGAAAAGCUCUGGGGUAUGUCAUGGAGCCACUGUUCUGAUCUGUGAAUUUCAUGAAUUGUUAAUACUCUGUAUUGUCAGAGAAAAAACAUAACACAAAAAAUCCACAAUACCAAUCAAUGCCAAAAUAAGAAAGAGUGUUACCAAGUCACUUUAAUGCUUAUUUAUGUUGGCUACUGAUAAAUAUAGAAUGAAAAUAUCACAUGAAGAUAACUGGUGUCCUGUAUGUGCUUUUCUUGCUACAGCCCCUUGCCCCAUUUGGCUCCAAUAAAGGAAAUAUGUUGGUAUUUCUCAUUUCCAAUAGUUCCAAGAACAAUUUAUCACAAAUAGUUUGUUGGAUUACUGGAAACAUACUGACUCCAUAAUCAUAAGUUCAAAGCCUUUAUUGUCAUUGUACAUCAUGUAUACAACGAAACUGAUUUAGCCUUUACUGGUGCAGUCCAUACAAGAAUACAAGACAACAUGAAUAAUAUAAAGAAUAAUUCUUAUGCAAGUAGUUAGCGGAAAAAACUAGUCAUGCGUUUCCUUCAGGGUGGAAGAUGUAAAGGACCCAGCCCUUACUUUUUGUGGAUAAUCCAUCAGGAAUUCUUUGAUCCAGUCACAAGUGAGGGGAGGGAAAUUCAAGUCAGUCAGCUUUUCAAUGAGAAUGCCUGGUAAGAUGAUAUUAAAGGCCGAGCUAUAGUCUAUAAAAAGCAUUCUGACAUAAUUCCCAGAUUUCUCAAGGUGUCUCAGUGCAAUAUGUAGAGCAGUGGUGAUGGCUUCCCCUGUCGACCUGUUGCUUCUAUAAGCAAACUAGAAAUUUGAUGGAAGAUGGGGCAAAAUUUCAAUCAAUACCAGUUUGCUUAUAGAAGCAACAGGUUGACACGGAACGCCAUCACCACUACUCUACAUAUUGCACUGAGCCACCUUGAGAAAUCUGGAAAUUGUCAGAAUGCUUUUUAUAGACUAUAGCUCAGCCUUUAAUACCAUCUUACCAUAAUUACCAUAAUUACCAAGACUUUUUACCAUAAUUUUAAUCAUAAUUUAUACUUUUAUUGCAUAUAUAUAGACAUACACCCAGGUAUAAAUAUAGAAAGAUAUAUCUAUAAUUUCUUACUUUGUAAAUAAAAGGUAAAUUCAAAACCCAAACCAACCUUUUUCUUUUAAGUUUCCUGCUUCUUGCUGUGCUAUUUUAAAAAUCUAAUCAUCUCAGGAUUUCAUCCUAGCCCGUAAAUAUCUAUUGGAAAUUGAAAGUAAAACACUUCUACUUUUAGCGAUUGGAAAAUGAUGAAACUAAGUAACAUCAUUUGCACAGGAAAAAGUAGGUAGCCUGAGGAAAAUAAAAAUUAAUAAUAUUAAGAAGAAGAACUGUGACAGAAGAAGAUAGUAUCAAUGGUAUUAGCACCAUGGGUGCAAUCCCAAAACAUCUGAAUCACCACUUGAACAUCAUUGGCAUUGAAAAAUCAUCACCAGUCAUUUGUAAAAGGCACAUUACUUGGAAUAGCUACACCAAAGUACAAUAUUUAUUAUUUAUUAGUAUUAUUUAGUGGUGUUAGAAACAGGACUCUAGGCAGAUAGCAAUAUAAAUAAUGAUUACAAACAUGGAAACAAAUAAAAACCAUAGCAAGUGGGGGGAAAGUAUAAAGUCACAACUGAACAUUGAACAUAAUGAAGAAAUGGACCAGGUUAAAGCACAGAACCAAGUGAAGCAGAAAAACACAUUCUGGCAAUGAGGAGGGAUUAAUAGGGAUUCUGUCCUUCAGAAACAGUUGCCAAAACGUUCUGAUGAUAGGACAACUUCUGAACAUUCUAAUCAUAGGCAAUGUAAAUAAGCUCUCAAUUUCUUCUGAGGUAAUGUUUACGCCAUUGUUGACCUUCCCCAAAAUGAUGACCUUCCCCAAAUUUAGCUGACUAAAUGAUGACUUCAUUAAAGUUUGAUGAGUCAUACAUUCCAAAACUUGGCAUGUAGGCUGUCAUGUUUAGAAAAACAUCUUCCAUUCUCAUAAUGCAGCAUCAAUGAUUCAUCUUGGGGUAUUAGCACAGAGCAUAAUACACAAAUGGUGAACAUAAUGAAAAAAUGAACCCGGUUCACAGAAUCCCUUAUUUUUGACAGCUAGAAAGAAAUCUGGGAGGAAUCAGAUGGAAGGCAGCCUCUUCUGUGCAGUGAAACCUGAAUCUGUUGAAUUUAGAACUAGAACUCAUUAAUAUUAUUAGCCCAGUAACUCAGGGGUAUAUAAAUUUCUAAUAGGCAGAUACUUCUUUGUUACAAGAGUGGAUAUUCUCUUCACAACGUUAUCCAUUUCAAAAUGAUGUUUCCUUACGUCAUUUGCAAUCCCCGCCCUUUUCACCAAAUAACUUCUGCUAUAUUUUCCCACGUCUGAGAAUUCUUGCUGUUAAGUGGCUGAUUUACAUCAAAAAUGUGUUUUUGUGUGCGCUUGAUAGAAAAAUUGUUGAGAUUGGAAUUUGCAAAAAAAAAAGAAUAGAAAAGGAAAUACUGUUUCCAUUUAUAUAUUUGUGUCAAACUAUGUUUUUCUGGGUGUGGGUGUGCGCGCGCACGCACACACGAACAUGUAGAUGUGCUCACUGAGGUGCUCACUAUAUAUUCACACAGAUACGUAUAUAUAUAUACACAAAUAUAUGAGACAGUGUAUUUUGCAAAUGCAACUAAUUGUGGUUUAUUAAUUAAGUUGAGGUUAAACAAACUGUAGGUUGAUGUGUAGGCCACACAGCAUGUGUGUAUGUCAAAAGUCAUACUUUUAUGAAGUAGACUUGUAGUUGCUUUAUCUUUUAAUUUGGAAACAGAUUCUGUACAAGCAAAUGAUUGGGGGUUAGAGAGGAUUCAGCCUACUUAGCCCAUGAAUUUUCUGCUCUGAACAAGAAACAAUAGAUUCUUUAUAGUUUUUUUUCCUCCAUUCGGUUUACAAAAGCAUCUUUUAGAUUGUAUCUCUAGUUUAUUUUUUCAGAGCUAUGCCGAUUUGAAAAAAAAAAUGCAGGUUGAAGAUAGGCUCCUUUGAAUACAGGUAGCAUAGAAGGUAGAAAUUUGUUACUAACAUUUGCUAGAGAAUAUUAGCAUUUACUUCUAAAAUGUUUGCCUUUACUUUCCUCCCUCAUACACUAUAAUCCUGUCUCCCUAACGAUGGCCAUGCUAAAAGACUUGUAAGGGAAAAUACCAAUGAAAUAAAAAUAAGUUUCCAAUGUUGUAAGAAAAUUUUUUUUAAAACCACCUGAUCUAUCUGAAGAAAGAAUGUACACAAAUAUCAAAAAAUAAAUUCCAUAUUGCAACAUG